AGGGAUGGCGUCACGGGAGAAAGGGAGGAGCUAGUCCCGAUGGGGCAAGCGGCGCGCUAUCUCCAAGUACUGGGAAUAGGGGAGUGAGAGAAAGUAUAAAUAGGUGAGCCCCAGAUGCAGAGGGACAGGCCAAUUGUGCAGGAGUGGAGAAGGGUACUUUUGCACUCGGAGCAGACCGGGCACAGGGCUCAGUCGAGAAGAAGGAGACGAAAAGAUAGGACCGAGCCACAGAGAGGUAGUGUGUGCGUUUGCUGGUCCAGUCCGGUGUGGAGCUGUGGAGCUGGAGCGCAGCGCUUAGUGCCGUUGCCACCAAGCCCGCUUCCACUGCCCAGAUCCUUUGCUGCUCAUCCUGGGGUAGGGAGAGCUCCUGAACACCGUUUGCCUCGGAAUCAAUUUGGUGGCUUUGGCCGCUGCCAGGGAGAUACUUCACCAGAAUGAAAGGGAAACCUGGAAAAGCUGGAAAGCAUCCCUCUCUUCUCAAGAUGGGGCUGGCACUCAGCUGGCUUGCGUUUGCCUUCUUCACUCCUGCUAUGUUCCCAGGAGCAUCAGCAGAAUGUCCUGACCAUAGUCCUGAUUUAUAUCCCUGGUCUCCUGGUCAUAAUGAAGAUCACCAUGUUCACAUUGGUGAGGGCAGAAGGCUUCUGCUUACAUCCUCAGCCACAGUCCAUUCCAUCCACAUUACAGAUGGAGGAAAACUAGUUAUUAAGGAUAACACUGAGCCAAUUGUUUUGCGGACUCGAUACAUACUUAUUGAGAAUGGUGGAGAAAUGCACGUUGGGAGUGAGACUUGUCUUUUCCAGAGUAAUUUCAGCAUUGUCUUGUUUGGAAGAGCUGAUGAUGGCAGUGAGCCUGACUAUUACUAUGGACUAAAGUACAUUGGAGUUGGCCAAGGUGGCACUCUGGAGAUGCAUGGGCAGAAGAAGCUCUCUUGGACUUUUCUUAAUAAGACCCUCCACCCAGGAGGAAUGAGUGAAGGAGGUUAUUACUUUGAAAGGAGCUGGGGCCAUCGUGGUGUCAUUGUUCAUGUUAUUAAUCCCAAACUUGGUUCUGUCAUUCAUUCGGACCGGUUUGAUACUUAUAAAUCCAAGAAAGAGAGUGAACGCCUGGCACAGUAUUUGAACACAGUGGCUGAUGGCAUGAUCCUUUCCGUAGCUGUGAAUGAUGAAGGAUCUCAAAACCUAGAUGACACAGCCAGGAAAGCCAUGACCAAACUGGGCAGUAAACAUUUCCUGCGCCUGGGAUUUAGGCAUCCUUGGAGCUUCCUGACUGUGAAAGGAGAUCCUUCAUCUUCUGUUGAAGACCAUGUAGAAUAUCAUGGUCACCGAGGCUCAGCUGCAGCCAGAGUUUUUAAAUUAUUCCGAACUGAAAAUGGGGAACAUUUCAAUGUUUCUUCUUCUAGUGAGUGGGUUCAAGAUGUGGAGUGGACAGAGUGGUUCGACAAGCGUCAAGUGACUCCGUCAAAAGGUGGAGAGAAAAUUUCAGACCUGAGGGCAGCUCAUCCUGGGAAAAUUUGUAUUCGUCCCAUUGACAUCCAGGCCACUACAGUGGAUGGAAUUAACUUAACCACUGAGGUCGUCUACAAAAGUGGCCAGGAUUACCGGUUUGUGUGCUACAAUAAGAACAAAGCCUGCCAGAAUUACCGAGUGCGGUUCCUCUGUGGUAAAUCUGUGAGGCCCAAACUCACCGUCACCAUCGACACCAACGUGAACAGCACGAUUCUGAGGCUAACAGAUAACGCUCAGUCCUGGAAAGCUGGAGACACCCUGGUCAUUGCUAGCACAGACUACUCCAUGUAUCAGGCUGAGGAAUUCCAGAUACUGCCCUGCAAAACCUGCACCGCCUAUGAGGUCAAAGUGGCAGGAAAACCAAUGUAUCUCCACAUUGGGGAAGAAAUAGAUGGUGUGGACAUGAGAGCUGAAGUGGGACUCCUGAGCCGGAAUAUUCUGAUCAUGGGUGAGACAGAGAGAAAAUGCUAUCCCUAUAAAAACCAGAUCUGCAGCUUCUUUGACUUUGAUACCUUUGGUGGGCAUAUCAAGUUUGGACCUGGGUUUAAGGCAGCUCAUCUUGAAGGUGUUGAACUGAAACAUAUGGGCCAGCAAAUCAUGGGCCAGUAUCCUAUCCAUUUCCACUUGGCUGGUGAUGUGGAUGAGAAGGGAGGCUAUGAUCCACCCACUUAUGUGAAAGACCUCUCCAUCCACCAUACGUUCUCCCGCUGUGUCACAGUUCAUGGUUCCAAUGGAUUAUUGGUGAAGGAUGUUGUGGGCUAUGACUCCCUUGGCCACUGCUUCUUUACUGAAGAUGGACCUGAGGAAAGGAACACCUUCGAUCACUGCCUUGGAUUGCUGGUCAAGGCUGGAACCCUCCUCCCCUCCGAUAGGGACAGCAGAAUGUGCAAGAUGAUUACAGAGGAUUCCUACCCAGGAUACAUCCCCAAACCCAGGCAGGAUUGCAAUGCUGUGUCCACUUUCUGGAUGGCAAAUCCCAAUAAUAAUCUUGUGAAUUGUGCAGCAGCAGGUUCUGAGGAAACUGGAUUUUGGUUCAUUUUUCACCACGUACCUACAGGACCUUCAGAAGGAAUGUAUUCCCCAGGCUACUCAGAGCACAUUCCACUAGGAAAAUUCUAUAACAACCGGGCUCAUUCCAACUAUAGGGCUGGCAUGAUCAUUGACAAUGGAGUCAAAACCACAGAAGCAUCUGCCAAGGACAAGAGGCCUUUCCUUUCUAUCAUUUCUGCCAGAUACAGCCCACACAAGGAUGCUGACCCUCUGAAGCCCAGGGAACCUGCCAUCAUUAAGCACUUUAUUGCUUACAAAAACCAGGACCAUGGAGCAUGGCUCCGAGGAGGAGAUGUGUGGAUGGACCACUGCCAGUUUGCUGACAAUGGGAUUGGUCUGACUCUAGCCAGUGGUGGAACGUUCCCUUAUGAUGAUGGUUCAAAGCAGGAAAUAAAGAAUAGUCUGUUUGUUGGAGAGAGUGGCAAUGUGGGAACAGAGAUGAUGGAUAAUAGGAUUUGGGGACCUGGAGGAUUGGAUCACAGUGGAAGAACACUUCCAAUUGGCCAGAAUUUCCCUAUCCGAGGAAUUCAGUUCUAUGAUGGCCCCAUCAACAUCCAAAAUUGCACGUUCCGAAAAUUUGCAGCUCUGGACGGCCGGCAUACAAGUGCCCUAGCAUUUCGCCUCAAUAAUGCCUGGCAGAGUUGCCCCAAUAACAAUGUGUCGAAUAUUGUUUUUGAAGAUGUUCCGAUUACUUCCAGAGUGUUCUUUGGGGAACCUGGGCCCUGGUUCAACUUGCUGAAUAUGGAUGGAGAUAAGACAUCUGUGUUUCAUGAUGUUGAUGGCUCUGUGUCAGAAUAUCCUGGUUCCUAUAUCAUAAAGGAAGACAACUGGCUGAUCAAGCAUCCUGAUUGUAUCAACGUCCCUGACUGGAGAGGCGCUAUCUGUAGCGGACGCUAUGCACAGAUCUACAUCCAGGCCUAUAAGACGCAUAACCUGGGAAUGAAAAUCAUCAAAAAUGACUACCAUGACCAUCCUCUCCACCUAGAGGGGGCUUUAACAAAAAGCACUCAUUACCAGCAGUACCAACCGGUCAUCACCCUGAAGAAGGGCUAUACCAUCCACUGGAACCAGACAGCACCUUCAGAACUUACCAUCUGGCUCAUCAACUUUAAUAAGGGUGACUGGAUCAGAGUUGGAUUUUGCUAUCCUAGAGGAACAACUUUUUCCAUUCUCUCAGAUGUCCAUAAUCGCCUCUUGAAGCGAACCUCUAAGACAGGCACAUUUGUGAGGACCAUGCAGAUGGAAAAACUGGAACAGAGUUAUCCUGGUAAAAGUCACUACUACUGGGAUGAAGACACAGGGCUGCUUUUCCUGAAACUGAAAGCUCAGAAUGAGAGAGAGAAGUUUGCCUUUUGCUCCUUGAAAGGCUGUGAGAGAAUCAAGAUUAAAGCACUGAUCCCAAAGUACUCUGGAAUUAGUGAUUGUGAAGCCAGAGCAUACCCAAAGUAUACUGAGAAAGCUGUGGUGGAUGUACCAAUGCCAAAGAAGCUUCUUGGUGCUCAACUGAAAACAAAGGACCACUUCCUGGAGGUAAAGAUAGAAACCUCUAAAAGCAGAUUCUUUCAUCUUCUGAAUGACUUUGCCUACAUUGAAGUUGAUGGUAGAAAGUUUUCUAUCUCUGAAGAUGGCAUCCAAAUGAUCGUGAUUGAUGGGAACUAUGGGAAAAUUUUGGGUCGUGUUACCUUCAGGAACACCAUUCUGCAAGGAAUUCCAGCACAGAUCCACAACUAUGUAGAUGCUUUACCAGACAAUUCCAUAGUGCUGAUAGCAUCAAAGGGAAGAUAUGUUUCCAGAGGCCAAUGGACCAGGAUCCUAGAAAAGAUGGGAGCAGACAACAAUCUUAGAUUAAAAGAAAAAAUGGCUUUUGUGGGUUUCAAAGGCAGCUUUCGCCCAACGUGGGUUACUUUGAAUACGGCAGAAGACAAAGCCAAAGUCUUUGAAGUGGUGCCCAUCCCUGUGGUGAAGAAGAAGAGGCUGUGAAAGUAGCCUCCUUCCUGUCCGUGUUUGUGAUCCUGCUGUUAUCACUACCUGAGUGGACUUUUUACUACUGACCCUGCUGAGGAGGAGAUACACUGGCUCUCCCAGCCCUCUAGAGAUGUGGCCCAUUCAGGAGCCGCAUGGGAUAGCCGUGUCUUAUCAUGUCUGGACCAAGGGGGCCACUGGGAACAGAAACUCUUGGUGCUGCCCAUCUGGUGAGGCGGUUAACUGCGGCUCCUUGGAAGAUGCUGAUUAAUGCUGGAUACACUUAGUUCUCAGAGGGACAGCUGCAGUUGUACUGUGGCCUUCUUGCACAUUUUUGCAUGAUGUGCUCUCCCUCUCUUCCUAUCUGUGCCUCAUGAAGGUUGUUUUUUGGUUCAGGAUGUGGUGGCAUAGAAGGGAGAUUCUGGAUCACCCUGACCUCAAAGGUCAUUUUUAGUCUUUACCUAAUGCAGGGAACCCCAGUCCAAAUGGGAAAUUACAAGAGGAGCUUUGUAAUUAUUCUUAAAGCUUAUAUCAAUGGGACAAUCUCCCCUACUGAUGAUUCAUGUUCUCUAAUGAGUAGGAGCCCAAGGGUGCUGGAUAUAUGAAAACCAGCCCUGAUCUUAAGGGCACUAUUUUUUCUUUCUGGGCAAAAACUUUCCAAGGACCAAUAGGUAGAGUUGCAGUCACAUGAAAUGGGUAUAAUGAUGUGAUAUAUCUGUUUUUCUGAAAUCAAUGGUAGCUGGGUAGAGGAGCAUUGAUGGCCACCCCAAAAACCCCUCAACUACCGACAUUCAGAUUAGCCCAAUACUGGUACUCUAAAAUGGGAAUUUUCAUCCCAUGGUCCACAGGAGAUAAUUUUUUUUUAGGGUGUAAUCCCUUAUGCCUAGUAUUUACUCAUAUAUUAGUGGAGAACUCUAGACUGGCUCUCCAUACCACAAGAAAAAUCAUUUGGUAUGGGCUGAGCAUCUGGAGUAAAUAAUAACUUUGCGUUUACCCAAAGUAAGCAAUUGACCAGAGCCCUGAAGGUCAGGAAUCUAAAAUUCACCACUACUGACCCCAUGACAUGGUGCUUUAGGCUUCCUAAAUUGGUGCCUUAGCUUUCUCAUGGCCUGGGAUAUUCAAGAGGAAAGUGCUCUGUGACACUACUGAAUGACUUUGUAUAAAUAGGAAGUAUCAAAUGUUAUAUCUAGGAAGGACUAUAAAGAUCAUCUAAUCCAAAUCCCCUCAUUUUACAAAUAAUAAAAUUUAAAAAAACAACCAGACCCAGAGAGGUGAAGUCACCUAUCCAAGGCCUCUCAGCUAGUUAGAGGCAGAGCUGGGGACUAGAACCCAGAUUUGCUCACUCUACUGCCCCACGUUUUCUCAAACUUUAGUCCUAAGUAUUCUCAUAGACCUCUAGAAUGGGCUUCUAUCAAUUGUCAAAGGAUUAAAAAUGCCCUUUUGAAAUAGAAACAUUACCCAGGCCAGGCCAAUGAUCAAGCACCAGUCAUUUCCACCCCUAACCCCAUUAUCAAACAAACAACUGGUCUUGGUUUCUGUGAUGGAGUUCAGUCUUCCUCUUUAUCCACUCUGCUUCAGAUGCCAUAUUUUGUUCUAGGAUUCGGCUGAUGCUUCCGUAUGAUCUGGAUUUGUAGGCUCAGCAAGGAAAAGAUUCUUUAGGGCAGUGGUGUCAAACUCAGAUUCAAAGAUCCCUGCUGGCAGACCUCAUGUUGACUUAAAAAUUUACAAAUUAAUAUUAUCUAUCUGUCUUGUGUUGUAUUUUUAUUUAUUUUGUUAAAUAUUUCCCAAUUAUGUUAUAGCUGGUGUAGGCCAUAGUCAAGGCUGGGGCCAUGAUUUUGACACCUCUGUUUAGGGCAUUCCGCUGGGACCAAACAUAUCUAUAAGUCAUCCGAAUGUACCUGGAGAUUUCAAAAGACUGUGGGUCAUGUCUUAAAUGCCCCUGCUGUACCUCCCUGCCAGCCUUCCUCCCACCUGUCAUCCCAAUUGCUUUCCUUAAAAAGAACCAUAAAGGAAAGACUUAUCACCUCUGGUUAAAAACUAUCCUAAUCCCAAAGCUCUGUUAUUUCUGGGCACAAGAACUCACAACGUUCUUCUUUUUCUCUAUAUCUCUAUAUGGUUUGUGCUUUUUACCUCCCACUCCAAACAACAUUCCGCUCUUUUGGAAACGCUCAUUUUACACCUCUGUGUAAAAUGCACAGGAAUGCACUUAAACUACAGUAGUAAGUCACCUCCCCAAGAGUAUGUCAAAUGUUGGGGAUCAAAUAACAAAAUUUCAACCAUUGCUUCAACCCACCUAUCCAUUCUAACCCUGUAAAAAGCAUUCAUGUGCAUGUCUCCUUCUGUUCUUAACAACUAACUACCAAGUUCUCAGGGUAAAAUCUUAUGUCUCUUUGAAACUAUGUUUUUGGAGGAGGAAGAGGGAGGGUGGGCAAACUUCAUGUAAAAGCAUUGAAUUUUUAUUGCUCUUCCAACAGUUUUACUUCCUUUCUUUUCCAGAUUGUUUUUAAAAAGGGUGUCCCACUGUGAAUCGCUUGGUAUGUGAUCCCUAUAAGGUGGCCAGAAAUUAUAAAUAGCUUCAGAAACCAUGUCAGUCUUUUCAUGAAUAAGUAUUUGAAACUACAGCAAGUCGCAUGUAUGUAGCACUUAGGUAACUAACUAGUAGAUGAUCUGUGCAUUUGUUUGUUUGUCUAAACCAGCAAAAAUGACUCAUAAAGACCAGAUAUCUGGGCAUCUUCUUGGUAGUACUUAUAUUUUUUCCCUAAUUUCCCAAAAAGGGCCUCUCCCUUCUAUCUCCAUUGGUAAGAUCUUAGACUUACAACAUAUUAGGUUUUUGUUUUGUUUCCUUAAAAAAGAACUAUUCUAAAACCCUUGUCUCUUUCAUGUUGCCCGAAAUAGCUGGUCCUUUUUCGGAAGUAGAUGUAUAAUUUUUGUAUGUAAACAUUUCUUAUAGACGUCACAUGGAGAAAAAUAUAUUUUCUAUUUAUUUAUUAUAAAGGCACUACUAGAAGUCAUUUGCAAAGAAUGAAGAGUUGUAUUAAAUUUUGUGUCACUCACAUUCAGACCAACAGAUACACAAUGGAAUAUUUCCCCUGGACCACAGUAUGUGCACCCAUUUGAAGACUUCAUUGUUCUAAAAAUGGUAGCUUACAGAGUUACCCUAUUAUAGUUUGGAAUAAUUGUCUCAUAAUAAAUAUUCAAAUUCA